CCGCGCGGCCUGGGCGAGCGCCCAUGGGCCAGCCGGCCGUCGGGCGUCCGGGGGCGGGUUGAGCGGCGACCCCCCGGGGGGACCUGGGCGAGAGUCGGCCGGUAGCCCCGGCCCUCCGGCGCGGGGGUGCCCCCGGACACCCGGCCAUGGCCGGCCGGGGUUGCGGCUGCAGCUGCGGCCCGGGCUACCUGAACGAGGACAACGCGCGCUUCCUGCUGCUCGCCGCGCUCAUCGUGCUCUACCUGGUGGGCGGCGCCGCGGUCUUUUCGGCGCUGGAGCUGGCGCACGAGCGUCAGGCCAAGCAGCGCUGGGAGGAGCGCCUGGCCAACUUCAGCCGCCGCCACAACCUGAGCCGCGACGAGCUGCGCGGCUUCCUUCGCCACUACGAGGAGGCCACCGAGGCCGGCAUCCGCGUGGACAGCGCCCGGCCGCGCUGGGACUUCACCGGCGCCUUCUAUUUCGUGGGCACCGUCGUGUCCACCAUAGGGUUUGGGAUGACAACUCCAGCAACAGUAGGAGGAAAAAUCUUUCUGAUCUUUUAUGGCCUCAUUGGGUGUGCAAGCACCAUCCUGUUCUUCAACCUCUUCCUGGAGCGCCUGAUCACCGUCAUUGCCUACAUCAUGAAGUCGUGCCACCAGCGGCAGCUCCAGAGACGGGGGGCCCUGCCCCAGGAGAGCCUGAAGAACCCAGGCAGGUGCGAGGUGGAUAGCUUGGCCGGCUGGAAGCCCUCCGUGUACUACGUGAUGCUGAUCCUCUGCGUGGCCUCCUUGCUCAUCUCCUGCUGUGCCUCGGCCAUGUACACCUCCAUCGAAGGGUGGAGCUACUUCGACUCGCUCUACUUCUGCUUUGUGGCUUUCAGCACCAUUGGCUUCGGGGACCUUGUCAGCAGCCAGAAUGCCCAGUAUGACAGCCAAGGUCUCUACCGCUUCGCCAACUUCAUGUUCAUCCUCAUGGGCGUCUGCUGCAUCUACUCCUUGUUCAAUGUCAUCUCCAUCCUCAUCAAACAGUCUGUGAACUGGAUCCUGAGGAAAAUGGAGGGGGGGUGCUGCCGACUAUGCCAGAGGAGACUCCUGCGGUCACGGAGGAACGUGAUCAUGCCCGGCAAUGUCCAGAACCAGUGCAGCAUCUCCAUAGACACAGAUGGGGUGAUAGACAGCGACACGGACGGGCGGCGGCUCUCGGGGGAGAUGAUCUCCAUGAAGGACUUCUUGGCCGCCAAUAAGGUCUCGCUGGCCAUCCUCCAGAAGCAGCUGUCGGAGACGGCCAAUGGCUGCCCACCCCAGGCCAUCGUGCUGUCCCGGGACAAUGAGUUCUCAGGCGGGGUGGGGGCCUUCGCGAUCAUGAACAACAGGCUGGCGGAGACCAGUGGGGACAGGUAGGAGCGAGGAGCGUACGCUGGGCAUGGAGACCGGGAGAUGGACCACGAGGGCCUGGGUUGACUCUGGAGCUGUCCCGUCACCCUCUGCAGGCCCAGCCUUAGAAAGCUCUUCUCCUCUAAGGUCUAAAUCAGUCCUAAGAAUGAAUCACAAAAGCAGCCCAAGACAUUGGCACUGUUUCUUGACCCAUCUUCCUCCAGGGUUUUAAACCGCCUAAGGGAGCGAGGGUUUGAGUAGACCUCCAUUUUCUGCUGCUCUGUUCUUCAUUUGGAAAUAAAAAUCCCAAACGAAGAUCCUCUUGUUCUGCCUGAUGCCCUGAUUCUGUGAAUCCAGAUUCACUGCCCGUCCCAGCCCCUUCAAACAAGCGGGGGGAAUGUUUCACGCUACAUCUGGGCCCUGGGCUUCCUUCAGAACGGACGUGUCCCUAAUGCCACAGAGAGGGAAGUCGCCUGUUUUGCUCUCUGUGUCUGCUUCUCUGCUUUUUGUUUCUCCUUUCUUUAAUUUUUAAGAUCCUAAUGCCAGGCUAAGAUGUCUGUGGGACCUCCGUGUGGUAAGGAAGCUAAAGUCAGCUUCAGGCCUUGAAACUGCCGCCAAGUAGUGGAGAGACUCACUUUUGUAAUAAAAGAAUAUAGCGUAACGUCCUCCCUCUGAAUGGUCACAGAGACCAUAUCAUUUUUUUUUUUUUAACCAGGGCUCAGGGCCCAUUGCAGAGAUAAUGGCUGACUAUUUAUUAGAACUAAAAA